GUCUCCGACAGUCUAGACUGUUCACGGUUCGAGGCAUCUAAACAAUCACGAACCGGGUCCGCCAACUGCUGCCCACUGGGGCUCGGACGGCGGCGGCGUCUGAGGGUGGAUAACCGCGGUAAGAAGCUCGCAAAAGUGGUUCGCUGCUGUGGGAGAGCGCUGCUGUGGGAGAGCGCGGGGCUUGUGGGCUCGCGAGUUGGUGCCGGCGAAAGGAGGUGGCUACUCGACCGGUUGCUCGCUCGUGUCGGCGUCAGGCCGCGCGUCUCCGACAAAUCUCGGCGCGUUGCUGUGGCGGGGCGCUUCACGGUGGAUGCUAGUCGAAAGAGAGGAGGGCAACACUGGUACUGCAAUUCGUCUGAUGCAUGCGACGGGCGGACAUCGGCGGUAGGAAGGCUUCUCGCGGUGGUGGACGGACGUCAGCGGCCUUCUCGCGGCGGCGUGCUCCUCCUCGGCUGGGCCGUUCGACUGCGCGCGAUGGGCCGUUGCGAGACGCCGGCGGUUGCUGAUGGAUGGCAGCGGCUAAGGGUUCGCCGGCGAGGAGGGAUUUUCGGGAGAAAAUCGAGGGAGGGGAGGCGAUUUUUCGAUCUGAUUUUGGCCUAA